AUGCCUCUGCCCAUUGGUGUCUACCGUGCCGACCAAGUCGGCUCCCUGCUGCGGCCGAGGGACAUCCUGGCGACCCGUGAAAAGGUGGCCAGCGGCGAGCUCUCUCAGGAUGACCUGAAGAAGCUGGAGGACAAGCACAUUGCCGACGUGGUGCGCAAGCAGAUCGAUGCCGGUCUCCGCGCCGUGACGGACGGCGAGUUCAGACGCGAGUGGUUCCACAUUGACUACCUGGUCAACCUCGGCGGUGUCGAGAAGCGCGGCGCUCUCCAGUCCACCAAUGUCUCCAAGGGUGGCACCAUGCCGCCGCGCCUGGUCGUCGUCGACAAGAUCUCGCACCCCAAGCCCAUCCAGGUCGACGACUUCAACUACCUCGAGUCGCAGAUUGCCGCGGCCGGCGCCAGCGGCAAGGUCACCACCAAGGUCGCCAUCCCCUCGCCCACCAUGAUCCACUUCCGCAACUCGCGCGAGACCAUUUCCGAGGAGGCCUACCCGACCCUCGAGCCCUUCUUCGACGACCUCGCCCGCGUCUACCAGGAGGAGCUCGCCGACCUGUACGCCGCCGGCGUCCGCUUUGUCCAGCUCGACGACACCAACCUGGCCUACCUCUGCGACCCGGGCAUGCGCGCCGAGGCCGAGAAGCGCCACGGCGACGCCAACGUCCUGGCCCGCCAGUACGCCGCCCUCAUCAACAAGGCCAUUGAGAAGCGCCCCGCCGACAUGACCAUUGGCAUCCACCUGUGCCGCGGCAACCACCGCUCGCAGUGGUUCGCCCAGGGCGGCUACGAGCCCGUCGCCGAGGUCCUCUUCAAGGAGCUCAACGUCGACGUCUACUUCCUCGAGUACGACGACGCCCGCUCCGGCGACUUUUCGCCCCUGCGCCACCUGCCCGAGAACAAGAUUGUCGUCCUCGGCGUCAUGACCUCCAAGAAGGCCGCCCUCGACGACAAGGCCGACAUCAUUGGCCGUCUCAAGGAGGCUGCCCAGUUCUGCCCCCGCGGCCUCGACCAGCUCUGCCUCAGCCACCAGUGCGGUUUCUCCAGCACCAUGGAGGGUAACGAGCUCAGCGAGGAGGAGCAGUGGGCCAAGGUUCGUCUCGAGGUCGAGAUUGCCAAGGAGGUUUGGGGAGAUGAUCUCAGCCAGUAG